GGUUUAAUUCUUUCAACCAGGCUUUACACCUCUUUGUCAUGUUGUAUGUACAUUUUGUAUGCUCUCCUUUCUCACCAGUACAAAAAAUGUCUUUAAAAUAUUCCCGUAUGGGGCCUGUCAUAUUCAGGUUUCAUGAUUGUUUGGAGGUUAAUAAGCAUUUCUUCUCAGAAGUAAGUCCCAUGGAGCUCAGUGAGACUUACUCCUAGAAAGAGAGUAUAGAAUUGGAACCUUAGCACGAGAAUAUUGGAACAUGCAGACUGGACAGUUUGUCUUCUCUUCUUCCCAAUGUUCUUCUCUGCUUCACCCUGCCUUUGUCCAUCCCACCCUCACAAAUACAAGCAAAAAUAAAAUACACAUGAAUGAUAUGUCAUAGCAAGGCUUCAUAGUUUGUAGGCAGACUAGAAUAGAUCUAUUUUCUUCAGGUGAAAAUGCAUGUAUAUGUUUGGCAGAUAGUGUAAAUACUCAUAUUUGAGAAAUUGUCAAAUUGGCCUUUUAUGUACAGAAGCCUCAUUUAACUCAAUGUAUAUGACACUGAUUCUGUGGGUAGCUGGAGGACUAACCUGCCUUUAUUAAGAUUUUUUAAUAUUAACCUAAAUUAUUUGCAGUUUAAACAAUAUUUUUAAAUAUAUGCAUAUAUAUAUAUAUUACCUUGCAAGUAGGAAAUAUUUCAAAAACUUGCAAGUAAGUCUAAAUAGAAAAACUAAAGGGAAUUGUUCUAGUAUAAUGUGAGGAGAAGAUGACAUUCUCAGUUGAGAAAAGUGUUUAAAGAGUUGAGGGUUGGGGAUGGGGUUGGUUGGGGCUGUGGAUUUCAUAAUGGAAUUUAAAAUUUUUGAAAGCUCAGAACUGUUAGAGAUGUGCAUCCUUGUGGGGCUGUAUAAAUAAGUACAGGCUCUCUGGUGGUCUGAAAAAGGAUUUUAUGGUAGUGACUGGCCUAGGGGGAAUUCUCCAGGCUGUCUCCCAUGUUAUCUGGAUGCAUUUUGAGAAGGUUUAAAAUGAGACUGAAAUGUGAGCCCAGAAAGUCAUAGUGACAGAGGUUAGGAUUAAAUAGGGGGCAAGCAUGCCGGAGAACAUGUGUUGGGGGAUUCUGGCUCUCCUAGAUCUUUAAAAACAACAACAACUUUGAAAUCACAUGUCUCUGAUGGAAAGGAAAGGAGACUGAAAUGUGAUAGUAGGCCAGAACAGAGAUUGGGUAAGGAUGAGUACAUGAUUGCACUUAGCAAAUCAAGUUUCUGACGAAACCCAAAGCAAGCAGCAGAAGAGUCUUUGAACGUUUUCCUGCCCUGGAAUCUUGGACUAGAGGAAGGAGGAGGGAAGAGUGAAGUUGCAGCUGUUCCAGAGGACUUGUCCCAUCUUGUAGUCCGUGUGGGAAAUUAAGACUCAAGGAAGUUGCUGCAUGUGGACUCUUUGAGACAAAAUGCUUUCUCUGAAGAAAUAUUUCACUGAAGGACUCAUCCAGUUCACCAUUCUCCUCAGCUUAAUAGGUGUGAGGGUGGAUGUAGAUACUUAUCUGAACUCGCAUCUUCCCCCUCUGCGAGAGAUCUUUUUGGGCCAGAGUUCUGCUUACACCCAGACACAGUUCCACAACCUGCGGAACACUUUAGAUGGCUAUGUCAUCCAUCCAAAAAGUGUAGAUCUGGACUAUUAUUUCACAGCUCGGCGGCUUCUUAACCAGGUGAGGGCCCUGGACAGGUUCCAGGUGCCCACCACAGAAGUCAGUGCCUGGUUGGUACACCGAGAUUCUGAAGGUUCUGUCUCUGGUGCCCAACCCAAUACAGGCAUUGCCCUUGAGAAUGGCAGUGGCUUGCAAGAUGGAACUGUUCCAGACAAUGAAGUGAGGGAAAAUGGAGCAGAACAAGGAUUUGGUGAAGAAUUGGAAGACCUAGGUGCCGUGGCUCCUCCAAUGAAUGGUGAUCUAACCAAAGAGGACAUUGAUUUAAUUGACAUCCUGUGGAGACAGGAUAUCGACCUUGGAGCUGGGCGUGAGAUUUUUGACUGCAGCCACCGCCAGAAGGAGAACGAAGUGGACAAAGAACCAAAUAAUGGGGAGGAGUGUGGGGAUGGCUGGAGGAGCAGAGGGGGCGAUGUCGCUGACAGGGCCUUGCUAGUGGAUGGCGAGACAGGGGAAAGCUUUCCUGCACAGGUGCCUGGUGUUGAGGACCAGACAGCCUUGUCCUUGGAGGAGUGCCUUAGGCUGCUGGAGGCCACGUUUCCCUUUGGGGAGAAUUCGGAGUUUCCAGCUGCAGAUGCCCCCAGCCUAACUGAAGUUCUGCCGAGUGAGAGCGGGCCUUCCACUGUGCCAGACGGGCUUCUGUCUCCCCUACUAACAGGGACAGAGUUGCCCUUCGACCUGGAGCAGCAGUGGCAGGACCUCAUGUCUAUAAUGGAAACGCAGGGUAUGGAGGUGAACAGCACAGCAGCUGCAGGGACCCUGUACGAUAGCACAGGUGGAGACAUUCUGAAUGCCAACUACAGCCUUGCUCCAUCCACCCCAAUCAACCAGAAUGUCAGCCUGCAUCAGGCGUCACUGGGCAGCUGUACACAAGACUUUGCUUCCUUGUUCAGCUCUGAGAUGGAGAGCCUCUCAGUAGCUGGCAGCUCAGCUUUGUUGCAGCUGGUUCCUGACAACUCCACUGGCUUCAACACCACAUUUGGCUCUACCAACCUGAGUGGGAUCUUCUUCCCUCCCCAGUUAAAUGGCACUGUAAACGAAACAUCUGGGCCUGAGCUGCCAGAUCCUCUUGGGGGACUCCUUGAUGAAGCUAUGCUAGAUGAGAUUAGCUUGAUGGACUUGGCCACUGAAGAAGGCUUCAACCCAGUGCAGGCUUCCCGCCUGGAGGAAGAAUUUGAUUCCGACUCUGGGCUCUCCUUGGACUCGAGCCACAGCCCUGCUUCUCUCAGCAGCUCAGAAGCAUCGUCGUCAUCAUCUUCAGCUUCCUCCUCCUUUUCUGAGGAAGGUGCUGUGGGCUACAACUCGGACUCUGAAAAUGUGGACGUUGAAGAUGCAGAAGGGGCAGUUGGGUACCAGCCAGAGUACAGCAAGUUUUGUCGUAUGAGCUACCAGAACCCUUCUCAGCUGCAAUAUCUGCCUUAUCUGGAGCAUGUAGGUCACAAUCACACCUACAACAUGGCCCCCAGGACCUUAGACACUGACGAGCCCCAGCCAGCCACCAUGGGGAAGAAGAGUGCCAAGGAUAAACAGGCAGACUUCUUGGAUAAGCAGAUGAGCCGAGAUGAGCACCGGGCCCGAGCCAUGAAGAUCCCUUUCCCCAACGAGAAGAUCAUCAACUUGCCUGUAGAAGAAUUCAAUGAACUCCUCUCCAAGUACCAACUGAGUGAGGCCCAGCUGAGCUUAAUCCGGGACAUCCGGAGACGGGGCAAGAACAAGAUGGCUGCCCAGAACUGUCGUAAGAGAAAGCUGGACACUAUCCUCAACUUGGAACGGGAUGUAGAGGAUUUGCAGAGAGACAAGUCAAAGCUGCUCAGGGAGAAGGUGGAGUUUCUCAGGUCCAUUCGCCAGAUGAAGCAAAAGGUGCAGAACCUCUAUCAGGAGGUAUUUGGCCGCCUGCGUGAUGAAAAUGGCCAGCCCUACUCCCCGAAUCAGUAUGCCCUACAGUACGCCAGUAAUGGUAGUGUUAUCCUAAUACCACGCUCCUUGGCUGACCAGCAGGGCAGACGUCAAGAGAGGAAACAGAAAGACAGGAGGAAGUGAGAGGUGAUAAAUGUUGGCAGGAGAGUGCAAAACUUGCAGAAACUGCAUCCUGGAGAAAGGGUUGAGCCCCGAAGAAUUUGAAGGAACUUUCACGCCUUCUUAUCCAAUAUAUCUUCUCAAACCAUGAUAGCUGCCAGUCAGUGUAUAGGAACAGACUGCUGGGCGGGGGCCUACAAGUCUUGAGAGGCAGAAUGGCAAAGCAUGUAGGGAAAGACCUGUGCCCCCAGCAGCCUGGAACCCAUUAUUGAACGUUGAGGGAGGGGGGACAAGCUGGCAUAAUGUGUGUGGGGAGGGGGGUGAGUCUUGGCAGAAGAUAGAAAAUCUGAAUUGUUAAAGCUGGAUAUUUUUUUUAAGGAAAAAAAGGUUAAGUGGACAGACUGAGCAGGCUUAAAGUCCCCCCCGCCUUCAAACUUCGAUAUUUCAGAUAGCUGGUUUUGUUUUUUUCGAACCAGUUUUGGCAUCAGUUGUGCGCGAUUUGACAACAUGACUGAAUCCCAUGACAUAGCCGCCAUCCCUUCCUACAUCUGUAUGUAUAUGUAAGUGCAGGUGGAACACAUUAAGUUGUGUUUGUUUAGGGGAGAAGGGUGAUUUUUCUUAACCCUUUUCAGCUCGGGGGAAUGGAGAGAUCUCCACGCAAGGAGUUACCAAGUACAGCCUUUUGGGUGGACUUUGAGUUAAUCUGCCAUAAAGGUUGGAAUGGUGAGAGUGGAAAGGGUUAAUAGAAUUACUAUGGUGAUGCAUCUUUCCACCGCCCCUCUCUUCCAUUCAAAACUCACUAAGCAUGUCACUGCCCACAGUGAGGAGCCAGUGUUAUACUGGGCUACCAUCAAGGUACAUUACAAGAUGGCGCAUGGUAACUGCAUGCUACAAUGCUGACAUUUCUCACUGAUUUGGCUUGAAGAGAUUCAUUUUGUGGACAAAAGGGGGUGUGAGGGCCAGGUGUGAAGGCUGCACUUUCAUUUAGCGGAGGCUGCAAGGUGGAGGGGUCUGGUGUGUGAUCACCACUUGGUCUACAGCACAAUGGGUUUUAUCCCCAUAAAGUGGGCAUGUUGUGUAGAGCAAAUAGCCAUCUAUGGCAAGCCCCUUUCUUAAUGGGCACUUUGGUUUUAAUUUAUUUCUGUAGGACUUGUGUGCGCCUGUGUUUCCCCAUUCCCAUAGGGCUGUAAAAUGGAUUUGUGGUAUGCAGGAAGGAGAGAAGAGAGAUGUUUUCCCCCAGAUGAUCAAAGCUGCUGAAAGGUAUUUCUGCCAUUAAGACUCGGUGUGUUAAACUGUGAUUCCACAGCUGGUUUCUUUUCUGUCCUUGGGUGGUGUCAUUCCAACUUCCCCCUUUCCCCCUCCUUAAAAAAAAAUAAGGCAAAGGGUGAGGGUAGUGCCUUGAACACAGCUGGCCUCAAGCUCCGAGGCAAUCCUCGAAGCUGUUUAAUUUGCAGUAUAGCACAGCUGGGAGUAUUAUUGACUUUACCAGCAUCUGAUGAGCUAAAUGGCUUUGGUUUUCCCCAGUCAGUCCUGUGUAUGUGAUGGCGUGUGAGGACGUAGCACUGAAAUGGGCAUCCUCCAGAGAACUGUGGGGGUAUGAAGCACUGUAUGUAAUAGAGGCAACUUCUGCAGCCAUAUGUUCUAUAUGAUCUUGUUUUUCUCAAGGCCAUGAUUUCUUACAAGGAAAAUAUAAAAGGUGAGAGGGGAAGUAAACUAUCGGUGAGUCUCUCCCACCUCUCAGGCUUCUGUGAUUUGACAGCAUGAAACUUGAAGCACAAAAUGUGUUGGAACUGUGGCUGGGUUGCUGGAGGAUAGAGCCCUGAUGUGUGCAUGUGUUAAUUUAUUUUUUUCUGUAGAGGUUUUAUUUUGAAUGGUUUCUAUGACCUGUUGGGGAGAGGAGCGAGAGUGUAUGAGCACAGGACAAAAAUAAAAUGGCUUAUUCACUA